GCGGCGUGAUGUCGGUGGGAGCGGAGCUGGCGGCGGCCCGCUCAGGUGGUGAACCCAACUGUCCUGAUGCUUUCUGCUGAUGUGGCAUCGUUGGAGAAAAUACAUUUUAGCACUUUCCAUUCCUCGAUGUCUGCUGUGGUGCAAGAACUCUACACCGGUCUGCCAGCCAACCUCUCCACUGAACUUACUGCUUUGUCUGAUCCAACUGUCGUCCUAGGUGCAAAACCUGGAACAUCAACAUUUGUACUAUCAUGCAGUAGUUUGCCAUCUGAACACCAAAGAACUCAUGGGUUGAAAAUCUGUCCCCAGGAUUCUGUGGAAAAGCUGGAUUGUACAGGAAAAGUGUCUUGCCCUGAACUGAUGGAUCUCCUUUCUGAAGAUCCUUCAGGAACGGGACGUCUUGUUGAGAAUGAUGAGAUACAAAACAAGAGUAUAAUGGAAUUGGAUUAUCUUCAAGGAUGUCUGAGUAAAGAUGCAAGAAUGGCAAAGGACAUGGGGGAUAUUGCUAAGGAAGGCCUUGCGCAGCAUCCUCUAACCUCGAAAGAAACCUGUUGGUCAAAAGAGGAGUCCCAGCUAAUCCAGGAGGGAAGAGGAUUUCUUUCAAGUUCUCCCUGCAUUGAAACAGCAGGCUUGCCUCAGAGUCUAGACGAAAACCAAGCAAAAGUGCAGGUGACACCUGAAAAUCUGUCAGACCCCAUGAAAGAAGCACCAGGUAUGAAGGCUGAUGGGACUAGGCUGUUUAGUAAAGCAGGAGAACCCAGUGCCAGAGUGAGUACAGGUGUUCCACCUCAGAGCAGUGAAUGCUCAGAUGUAGACACAGUCAUGGGCAAAGUUGCUGUUUCAGGAACUGACACCUUAGUCUCCCUAGAGCCUGUAAUUCUUAUGGACAAUGUCUCAACAAAAGAACAGCUGCAAGAAGAAGAAGAAGGUGGUGGUGAUGGUAAAGGUCUGGCAGCCUGUGUCACUUUAUCAGCAGUUGGAGAUGCCCUUUCUAGUUCAGAUGCUGGAGGAGAAAAGUUCCCUAAUCAAGAUGAAGAAGUUAAUGCAAUCCUUGACAAUUGUCCACCUGCCCUGCAGGACAAGAUGAGUUUGCAUGAAAACAAUAGCUCUGCUCUAGUAUUGGAAAGCAGCAUUACCGUUGAUAUUCAAGCAUCAAACACAAGUUCCGAAACCUCAGGUCUUCUGUUUGAAGGUAGCUUGGAAUUUGGAAAUGCACUGUGGGAACAGAACACAGAUCUCUUUGAAGUCAUCUGUGAAAUGCAGGAGGGGGGCUGCUCCGUUACCAGGGAGGAAAGCUUGAAGAGCAACACUAGUGAACAAACCGAGGAGCUUGUAGAAGAAUGGGCUUCUGGACAGCACGUGGGCGAGACCCCAUCACAAACAUGGAGUGGUGAAGAACUGCCCAGUGACAGCGAUAAUGAACAAGAAAUGGACAGUUGCAACGAUCACUCUUACAGCUGUGCCUACGAGAGAGUUGUUGAAAUCCAGAAAGGAGCUGCUGUGCAGCGGCGCUGGAAAGCAAUUCAAGAAAAGUCCCAGUUGGAGAAUGGCACCUUUGCGGUUCCUACAGAACAGUUUGCAGUGGCCAAAACCAUGCAUCCAGAAAACAACAUGCGUCCCCUCCCUCCAUCACCUAAAGGGCAUCCAGAAGAUGGCUUCAGACCCAGCUAUUCAGGAACUGACAAUACCCUUAUUCCCUUGGAGGAAGCGAAUAACUUUGGGUGCUUUCAGAACAGCUGCAAUGUGAGCAUGAAUUCACAUCCCGCCUGUCAUGAUGCUCUGGGUGCUGACACUGAAUUAAGUGACAAGAGCUCAGUGCAAAUGGAAUCCAACAGUGAUCCAAGGGCAGAAAUCCCAAAGAUUGUUUCAGCUGUUAUGCAUCUGCAUGCUACCAACUCUUCCAGCACAGUAGAUGUUAGCUUAGCUACUGACGAAGAACACCCCCAAACAACUCAACUCUGUAAUGAGCUUCUGUUUACCCAGCAGGCUGAUCUGACUCUAGGUAGCAGCCUCUUCCUAGACACCCUGCACAGAGAACGCCUCCCUGGGACCUGUGCAAAGUUGGGGAGAGAGAGCUUCUUGCGUCCUAACAAGAAAGAGUUGGCUUCCAGAGGUCAAAACAGUGGUAGUUGGGCAAGAGGCAAGAAGCUCUCUCUCUCCAACUUUGCACAGGUCCUGAGCGAAGAGUCCCAGAAUUGGACAGCACUUGUGCUGAAGGAUGCAGAAAAUAGGGCGUCUGACAUGGAAACAGUACAAAGCAAAGUGUGCACUCCUCGUGAUGAUCUCUGCUCUGCCGUUGAGACUUGUUCCACCAUGUCAGGAAGUAUCUCUGAUGAUGAUGAUGAUGAUGAUGAUGUUGAUGAUAUUAAAGUGAGAACUGAAACAACCACUGAAGAUUCUGAUGGACUGGAAAUGCACCACACCUCUGUAUUUGACAGGGAAGCUCUCCAUCCCCAGAAGUGUGGCAGUGGCAAGGUGUGGAACGGCCAUCCCUGUGGAAAUAACUGGAGCGGCUUGGAUGGAGCAGAAAGCGUGAAGGCUGAAACUUUGGAGUCAGAUGCAGAAGCUGAAAGCCAGAGGGCUGAUGGUGACAAUAGUUCUGUAAAUUCAGAAGAUGUUCCGAAUGCUAAUGCCAGUGUUUUCCAUCCCAGUGUAAAAAUAUAUGGAGGCAGCCAGAGAACUGGACUAAGUGGGAAGCUAACAUGUGAUCGAGGUUUGGAACAAACCACCCAUCCUCUUGAAAUUGGCAUACUUGUAAAAGAUCAAAGCAAGAAAGAGCAAGAGAGGUACCAAGUUCACCCCUGCCACCGCCCCUCCGCCGCCGCCGCCACACCGGAUCUCUCCAGGUUGAAGAACGACCAGACCUCUGGUUCCCCAGGCCAUGCAGAGCAGCAGCGCUGUUCUUUCAUCCUGUGCAGUAAAGAUCCAGGUCAGCCAAGGGAAACCGUUUGUCAGAAUAAAAUGCAGUCCGUUGUGUAUCAGAAUGAUUUUAAUAGUCUAGACUUGUUUAAUCAGAAAAAUGAAGUCCCAGAAAUAGAUGUUGCAGAAUGUCAACAGCCUGCCUUGAUGUUGUCUAAGAAGCAAGAAGCAGAUCGUUCCGUGACCCUUUCCACUGAAGAGAUGCAAAGGACUGUCAAGUGUAAUCAAAACCCGUUGCCAUUUCCAGAGAGAGGCCAAGGCCUGACUCCACCAGCUCCAGUGCUUGUAAUAGAAAAUGGAGUUCAAGAAACACUUCAGCGAAGUCUAGCAGGCGAUGGCGCAUUCAAUAAAAUGGUGUCAGAAUUAAUCGACAAUCCAUUCAAAGAAGAAACUAUAGAGUUAAAAAGCCUUAAACCAUGCUUAAGAUCCUUGGAAUGUGCUCCCAAAUUACUGAAGUUGAAUGGCAUUGAUAAGGGUCAGGCUCAACAAACAAAAACUGAUGAAUUCCAUUCUGCCUCCGAAACAAGCAGUAGGAACCCUUCAGAUGUGCUAGACGAGAAUCCGUUUCUAAAGUUUAACAGUAAGCCUGCUUCAACUCCUAGUCCAGCAUUUUUUCAGCAAGACCCUCUAACUUUUACCACAUCAGAUGGUCAAACAAGUGCGGAGGGAGAGUAUUCAAAGUCAUUCGGGAACAAAGGAAUACCUUGUUUGACUUGUAUGUGUUCAGCUGCACACUCUGUUCAGAAUCCAGGAAUCUGCAUAUCUCAAAAAUAUGAACCACCUUUGAAAGGUCUCUGGUCUCCUCUGGCUAAAGGGCACCCUGCUGGAGCCAUGCCUUUGGAGGGAGAAGCUGGUCAUCCUAUCCAUCAGUUCACUUUAGAGAAUGAAAAAGCAAGCUGCCUUGCUGGAGAGGGUACACAUGUGGAUUCUCCUCUGGAUAACGAGGAAAUACCUGUAAGCACAGGAGGGAGCAAGCGAGGGGCAGGCGGAGUGAGAGAAGUGAUCUCUGUCAUAUUUCACAGCCCUGAUUCCUCGAAGGAGAUGAAACACUCUUUAGAAGAAGACCAGAGCGAGAGUGGUCGGACAGAUGAAACAAUGGGGUUACUACCAGUUUCCUCUCGUUCUCACCCAAAGAAUUCUUCAGCAGCUCUCUUGCAAGCCUUGAAGUUUGCUGUUGCAGGGAAAGAAACCGCUUUCCCAUUCUACGUUGAAAUACACAUCAGGCCUUCUCUUGCCCACUUACCUGCUCACACCUCAGAACUUGGCUUGAGGAAAGCGAAAGGUCCCUCGAAAGCAGCAGUUGUGAAAUGGCAUUCAAGGGACAAGCAAAAUACUUUGCAAGCACAACACUCCGUGCCCACGAGAUGGUCUCUGGAAACCCUUUGGCACACGAGGUCUUGGGCUUCUCUAGGCGGCAGCGUAUCAGAAAGCUUCCCAAGAUGCCUCCGUAGCAAAAGAAGACGUCGGGUGGGUCUAGAGAGCAAGCAGGAGCUGGCCGGGGACCAAAGGCCGCCUCUGCAGGGUCAGUGGGCCAGCUGCAGCGUGGCGGCGCCCAUCGAGACGGAGGGAGCUGCUGCACCAGGCAGGAGGGCCGAGCCAAGCGCAGCCCCAGCUGCAGCUUCCUGCGCCGCAGCUAGGCGAGAGGACCGAGCGGAGGAGGAGGAGGAGAGGAGAGCCCAACGCCGCUUGAAGCGGAGAAGGGGGGCGGCCCAGCACCCGGCCGGCAGCUCUUCCCGAGAGGCGGCUGGGAAGCGUGUGGAUCUGGCACUGCGGAGCCUUGCGGGGGGGAGCGGCGGCGGCGGCGAGGGCUGUGGGGGCAGAAGCAGUUGCAGCACUUUCUGGGAGCCGGAAAGGCCCCCAGAGGCCAAGGCUUUGACUGGGGCAGCAGCGUAUCGGCCGCUGCUGGCUCUCGCCCCGAGGGAAGCCACGGUGCCUGUGGCCUGGCACGCCACGUGA